CGGAAACUCAAAACUGACAGUUUAUAAUUUAUAUCCGACUUCGUACUUGAGUCGUACUGCGAACGGAACGUAUAGUGUUUACGAAAUUAUUUUUUUAAAAUUAUAUUAUCUAAGAGUGUAAGUUAAAUAAUGCCCCAUUUUAGAAUCGAAACUAAUGUGCCUAAGAGCCAAAUUCCGCCCGAUUUCGUCACGAAGGCCGUGCCGAUACUGGCGAAAGCACUCGGAAAACCGGAGCCGUAUUGCGUGGUGUCCGUGAUCCCAGAUGUGCCGAUGAGCUUUGGUGGCACUACAGAGCCUUGUGCCAUUGCAAACCUGAUGUCAAUCGGAGCUCUUGGAGUAGAGCAGAACAAGAAGCAUGCUAAGGUCCUGUUUAACCUGGUGGAGCAGGAACUGGGUGUCAAAAGCGACAGGAUGUAUAUUACGUUCCAAGAUGAACCGACAGGAAACGUAGGCUUCAAAGGAACUACUUUCCACGCUAUUUUUGGAUAAAAACAAACACGGCCUUAAAUAAUAUAUAAGGAACAAAGAAAAUAUGGCUAUCGAUUGUUAAGUUUUAAAUCAGCUUGCUAAAUUAUAUGUGACAAUAAAAAUAACA